GCGGGAGGAGACUCGCGCUCGACUGUCAUUCACGGGACAGAAAGCCUGACUGGACGUUAUUACCUUAAAUUAAAUACACGUAGUGGUGGCGUAUAUCUGUUUUAUUUUAUCGUGCGAGAGGACUAAGACACACAUAGCACACCCAGAUCCAAGUUUACUUUUGAAAGGGUUGUGACUUGGGAAGUUUCAUUCCCAAGAGAAGUCCUGUCGUGUUUGGUCACACCGAGAAAUAUACGAGGACGCGCUAGUAAAGCCUUUUAACCUUAACAUUCUCUUCAUUUUUAACGGUUUUGUUUUUUUAUCUGAACAUUUUUUCAUUCGCUUGUCACUUUCUAACGGGAUAUAAUCAGUAGCUAGUACGUAAACUAGCUGAGUCCAGUAAAAAUGGGUUUACACCCGUUGGAGUUUAGUGAGUGUUACCUGGACAGCCCUGCUUUCAGGGAGAAAAUCAAAGCUCAUGAAGCCGAACUGGACAAAACGGGCAGAUUUAUCAAGGAACUAUAUAAAGAUGGCAAGAACCUCAUCAAUGCCACAAAACAACUCUCCCUGGCUCAGAGGAAGUUUGCUCAGUGCCUGGGGGAGUUUAAAUUUGAGUACAUCGGAGAUGCCAAAACUGAUGAUGAAAAGUGCAUUGAUGAGUCCCUGCAAGAGUUUUCAUCCUUUCUUAGAAAUUUGGAGGACCAAAGAGAGCUGAUGAUGAGAAACAUCACGGAGACGCUAAUGAAGCCCUUAGAAAAGUUUAGAAAAGAACAGCUCGGCUCAGCAAAGGCAGAGAGAAAGCGGUACGAGAAGGAAACGGAAAAAUACUACAGCUCACUGGAGAAACUUUUAAACAUGUCAGCAAAGAAGAAAGAACCACAGUUACAGGAGGCAGAUGUGUCGGUGGAUGUGGUGAGGCAGCACUUUCAAGAGUCAUCUUUAGAGUAUGUAUGCAAGCUGCAGGAGAUACAAGAGAGGAAGAAGUUUGAGUGUGUUGAGCCUAUGCUGGCUUUCUUUCAGACUGCGUUUACUUUCUAUCAUCAGGGAUAUGAGUUGGCCAUAGAUUUUGACCAUUACAAAAAAGCCCUUCAAAUCAAUAUUCAAAAUACACGGAAUCGUUUUGAAGGCACACGCUCAGAGGUGAAUGAGUUAAUGAAGAGAAUCAAAGAUUCACCACUGGAGUACAGACAGACAAGCCCUAUUAGCUGCGAGGGCUAUCUGUACAUACAGGAGAAACGACCUCCACCUUUUGGAUCCAGCUGGGUGAAACGAUAUUGUACGUUCGUUAAAGAACAGAAGAUUCUACACAUGGUCACGUUCGACCAGAGAUCAGGAGGAAAACUUGGUGAGACGGACUCUGUCACACUCAAGUCUUGUAUCAGAAAAACCACAGACACGCUCGACAGGAGAUUCUGCUUUGACAUAGAAAUUACAGAUCGACCAGGCACAUUGCUGACUGUCCAGGCACUCUCAGAAGAUGACUACAGAUUCUGGAUACAUGCAAUGGGAGGAAAGGAACAAAUGCAGUAUCUCAACCGGACUCAUUCAAAAGAGAGGGGAAUUGAUGCCCAGCUGGAUGACGUGGGAAUAAGCUUUGUGAAAAAUGCCAUUAAUGCCGUUGAAUCCAGAGGUAUUAGUGAUCAGGGUCUGUACAGAGUGGGAGGGGUCAGUUCUAAAGUGCAGAAGCUUCUCAGUUUAAUGAUUGAUGAGAAGAGCUGCGACAUAGAUUUAGCAGCCAGUGAGGACUGGGACGUAAAAACCAUCACCAGUGCUUUAAAGCUUUACCUAAGGAGCCUUCCAGAGCCACUUAUGACAUAUGAGCUGUAUAAGGAGUUCAUCGUCCCUGCAAAGUGUGGAAGUCCAGAAUCUAGAGUCCAGGCCAUUCACUGUCUGGUUCAUAAACUCCCUGAGAAGAACAGAUUAGUGCUCAGUCUGGUUACCAAGCAUCUUGCCAAUGUUGCUGACAACAGUAAACAGAACCUGAUGACAGUGGCAAAUCUGGGUGUGGUGUUCGGGCCCACCCUCAUGAGGCCGCAGGAAGAUACCGUGGCAGCUAUCAUGGACCUCAAGUUCCAGAACAUUGUGGUGGAGAUUCUCAUAGAACAGCAUGAAAAGAUAUUCGGGGAUGCUCCAAGCAUCUCUACAAACUUAGCAACUACAACCCUCACCGCCCCAACCCGACAGUCCAAGAAGGUCAGCCGACAGAGUCGCCCGCUGGCUGUGUACAACCCACAGGAGCUGGAUAUUCAUACAGCAGUCUCUCCCUCCUCAGAGAGUCCAGCCCAGGUUAAUGAUGAAACAUCAGCGGGCAGUAAUGAGUCGGUUUCCUCUCAGUCCUCCAACGCCUCUGGAACGCCUCCUGAGAAAUCUAAACAUCCUCACAACAACAUUAACAUGUCUCUGCCAGAGAGUACAGGGAUAUGCACCGCCACAGCGUCAUGGAUGAAUUCACCCUCCUCUGCAUCAAUCACACCAAUGCAACUCGGAUCAGGCGAAAUGGAGAAGAGUAAACUGGAGGAAAGUGUCACCCUCAUGAAAGCGAAGGCUGUGUACCCCUGCGAGGCUGAACACGAUUCCGAACUCUCUUUCCAGGUCGGCGCAAUCUUCCACGACGUGACUCUCUCCAGGGAGCCUGGAUGGCUGGAGGGUGUGCUGGAGGGAAAGCGAGGACUCAUCCCUGAAAACUAUGUGGAGAUACUGUAAUUCAGAGAAGAAAAAUCUCCACACUACACUUAAUAUACAUGGUAUCCAUGGUCUCGGUGGCUCUUUUACCAUCACACUGCUCGUCACUCCUCCACCUCCUCCAAGAUUUAGAGAGGGGAUAUACUGAAUCUAAAUAUGGAUGUUGGUAGCACAGCUGUCAAGUUCAAAUUUAAGCUACUAUUUGUUGUAUACAUAUAUAAAAAUGCACUUUUUGUCCCCUAGAGGUUACUUUGUGUGUAGGAAAUGUAAAUAUGGUUUGCAUUGGGAACUAUUUCUGGCAUUGUUACUGUUUGUGCUGUCUUUUAAAUUGCAUGCGAAGUUUGGAUUGUCACACGAGUAUCUUUUUUAUUUCAUAUUAUUAAUGCAUUUAAUUUGGUGUACGAU